UAGACCUGGUACCCCUUUUUCAAUAAGCAAAUGUUUUCUCGGCAGUUGACACGUUCCAUUCAAGCGAAUUCUCGUGUACUUGCACAAGCAUAUCCUCUCAUAACUCGCUCAUUGCACAUUUCUAAAGCAUGUUUAAACAAAGCUUCCAAAGUCAAUGACGUUUCCAAGACGAAUGAACAUGACCACCGGGCCAUUGGUAAAGCUCAGUCAUUAUUUAUGACACAUGCUGUCAGUCCAGGUUCUAUUUUUAUGUUGCCUCAUGGCACACGUAUUGUCCACAAACUUCAACAAUUUUUGCGUAUGGAGUAUGCACGCUAUGGAUAUCAAGAAGUCAUGACACCGUUGAUCUAUAAAAAGGAUCUUUGGGAGACAAGUGGGCAUUGGCAGAAUUAUAAGGAAGAUAUGUUUAUGGUUCAAAGUGGACGUGAACAAAAGUGUUCUCACAGUCACGACCACGAACAAGUGAUUGAUGCCGACGAGGGAUUGUUCGGUUUGAAGCCUAUGAAUUGCCCUGGUCAUUGUUUGAUUUUUGAUAGCACACCAAAGUCGUACCGGGAUUUACCAAUUCGAUUAGCUGAUUUUAGUCCUCUUCACAGAAAUGAAGCUUCCGGUGCUCUUUCUGGAUUAACUAGAGUGCGUCGAUUCCAUCAAGAUGAUGCGCACAUUUUCUGUGCUGAAGAACAAAUCGCCUCUGAAAUUACAUCUUGCCUUUCAUUUGUCGAUCGUGUCUAUUCAGCAUUCCAGUUCCCUCAUUAUGAUUUGACACUUUCCACUAGACCCGAAUCACAAUAUAUAGGUAGUUUGGAGGAGUGGACUCAUGCUGAAGAAUCAUUAACUCAGGCAUUAAAUGCAACUGGGAGACCUUGGUCUAUUAAGGAAGGUGAUGGUGCAUUUUACGGACCCAAGAUUGAUAUCAUGGUUAAGGAUUCAAGUGGUAAAUCUCAUCAAACCGCCACCAUCCAACUUGAUUUUCAAUUACCUCAACGCUUCGGACUCAAGUAUGUAGAUGAUAAAGAUGUUGAACGCACACCUGUGAUUGUGCAUCGUGCAAUUUUGGGAUCGAUUGAGCGUAUGAUGGCAAUUUUAAUUGAGCACACUGGCGGUAAAUGGCCUUUCUGGUUGAGUCCUCGUCAAGGUGUUGUCAUCCCAGUUUCGACACAAUUUUCAGACUACGCUAAAAAGGUUGCCCAGGAUUUGUCAUUGGGAGAAAAUGCUGAGGCUGCACACGAUCAAUACUUUGUCGAUGUUGAUAAGUCACCCCGAGAUAGAUUAAAUAAGAUGAUUCGUCAAGCCCAGCUUGAUCAAUACAAUUUCAUCUUUGUGGUUGGACAAAAAGAAAUGGAUGAAGGUACUGUGAAUGUAAGAACAAGAAAGGGGGAAGUAUUAGGAACAAUGAGUGUAGAUCAAGUUCGUAAAAUGUUUGCUUCGAUGACCUCCAAAUUAGAAUAAUAAAAAAAAUAAAAUGUGUACAUACUAUGACAACAGGUCUUUCCCAGACAAAACUGU